AUGCUAAAUCAGAUAAGUUGGAACGGGAAUGCCCGAGGCCGAAGUGGGGCUGGGGUUUGGCGGUUAUGGAACAUUAAUUUUCCGGAUAGCUUCAACCGACCACUGCCCCGCAGCUGUUUGCAUCGUCAGCUUCAGGCACGGCCAGUCUCAGUUAUGGCAGCAACCACAUUUAAGCUAGAUGUGGCAAGGAAUUCUCUCCUUGAGGAGGGGUUUUUUGAUUUGAACGACUCAACGGUUGGUGACCACGUCUUAGAGAUGGAGAGGCGGGGCUUCCCAUAUCUCACCGAAUAUGGUUUGGACUUUUGCAAGCAAUUUGCCUUUGACGAACGAAUCCGAUCUAUCCUCGAAACCUCCCUUGAACGGUGCAGCCUCGGACACUGGCUGAGAUACGAAGAAUUCCCUGGCCAUGUCGAAUGCUUUAGGAGGGGUGGUCUAAAAGCUGGUCAUCGUGUUCUUAUGGUGCAUCUGUGGGCCAAAGGAUCACGAGUGGAGUAUUAUACCCUUUCGCAUCUUCAAGACUUAGCGACUACGAAGGGGAGAAGAUCCUUAUAUGAGAUUCCCCAAUCCGAGCUGGAUCGUAUAGGCUCUAAGCCCGAGGUGAAAUAUUUUCCAGAUGGUGGCUUGUAA